AUGAAGUCUUAUUAUCAUGACGGUCUUGAAAAUGAAGACAAAAGACUUCCACAUGAAAGCUCGGAAGAAGUUUCCCUAAAAGAGCUUAACUCAAUUGGCGUGUAUACAUUCCAUUUUGAUGAACUUACGGCUGUUGAUGCGCUAGCCCAAGAGCGUAACUACAGAGCACGAGACGAGGUUGUUGUUUCCCCAGAAGCUUUGGGUAGUUGGAAAUCCUAUCAUGCACAGCUCGAUACUUUUUACAAAGAGCAUUUACAUGAAGAUGAGGAGAUUCGUUAUGUUCUAGAUGGUGCCGGUUACUUUGAUGUUCGUAACAAGGCUCAAGACCGUUGGAUUCGUACAUACGUAACCAAAGGUGAUCUAAUGAUUUUGCCCUCUGGAAUUUACCAUCGAUUUACUCUUACAACUGACAAUUAUAUUAAAAACAUGCGAUUGUUCCAAGAUAAACCUAAGUGGAUGGCUAUCAACAGACCAGAAGCUGAUACUAACUUAUUUAGGGAGGAGUAUUUGAAGGAGAUUUCAACACAUUAA